AUGGCUCACUAUGCUGAAAAUGACUCUGAAGGUCGUCACUCGUACAUACCGGUGGAAUCAAGCUUUAGGGAGGGUGGUCACGGCGAAUCCAACAUUCAUAUUGCGUCGCUUGCAGAGAAACAGCGAAUAUGGUGGAGAACUGCCAUCAUCAAUGCAUGCUUCAUAGCUUCAUGGUAUAUAUUCGCAACUAUACUGUCUCUGUACAACAAGUGGAUGUUUUCGCCAGACCAUUUUGGAUUUCCGUAUCCGCUCUUCGUGACUACCUUGCACAUGUUUGUUCAGUUUGUCUUGGCUGCUGCUCUUCGCGUCUGUUUCUCGCAUCAUUUCCGUCCAGAGAGAAGUCCUUCAGUGAAAGACUAUGGCAAGAAAGCAGUCCCUACCGCUGUUGCUACCGGUCUCGAUAUUGGUCUGUCAAAUGUAUCACUCAAGACCAUUACUCUAUCAUUUUAUACAAUGUGCAAGUCAUCUUCUCUCAUCUUCGUAUUAUCCUUUGCAUUUUUCUUCCGUUUGGAAGUGUUUUCGCUGCGACUCGUCGCCGUCAUCCUUCUCAUUUUUGGCGGGGUGAUUCUUAUGGUUGCUUCUGAAACGGCCUUCGUUCUUCCCGGAUUUCUACUUGUGAUGACCGCCAGUGCAUGUGGAGGUCUCCGCUGGAGCCUCACGCAACUGCUCAUGAAGAACAAGAAUAUGGGUCUAGAUAAUCCUGCGGCUACCAUAUUCUGGUUGACUCCUGCGAUAGGCGCCACAACAGCCCUCGUUAGCAUCAUCUGGGAAGGAUGGUUUACCAUAUAUGCUUCGCCAUUCUUUCGGGACAUGGCCUCGACCCUUCGUUCGGCCCUGUUCUUGGUCGCCCCCGGUAUUCUGGCGUUUUGUAUGGUCAUGAGUGAAUAUUACAUUAUCCAACGUGCCGGCGUCUUGCCAAUGUCAAUAGCCGGGAUAGCCAAAGAAGUCUCGACCAUUACGGUCUCGGCUUGGUUUUUUGGGGACGAGCUUACGCCACUCAAUAUAGUCGGCGUAGGUAUCACAGUUUGCGGAAUUGCUCUUUUUACGUUCCAUAAGUAUCGCAAUUCCAUCGAUGGUAGAUUAUCAGUAGACGCGCAGGGGAACACGAUAACGAUAGACGACGAAAGUAUGGGCAUUUCAUCAAAUUCUGUCCAUGGGGUCAAUUUCGAGCUUAGUGCUGCUAACCUGGGUCGAGAAGAUGGUCAUCUUGCGGUAUGUUGCAUCGUUACGGAAACGUUCUAG